AUGACGGCUGAAGACGCGAAAAAGCCCUUUGGCGACUCCUCUCCGCCGCAAGAGCCCGUGUCGACUUCCUCGCCUCCUUCGCUCCUCACAAAGUCCUCCUCUGCGUUGUCGUCCUCGCGUAACGUUCCUUCGUACUCUCCAUGCCCGCCUGAACACGCGCCUCCGCUUUCCUCGGCCUCCUCCCACUCUCCCCAAGGUCGUCCCUUGGGGCCUGGCUGCGGCUGCAAAGGUAUCCGCCGCUGUCUGCUGUGCGCAGCGCUGAGUCGUUAUUCGCCGCGCGCGCCAGCGGAGCGCCAGCAGACGCAGGGGCGACAGACAGGCGGUGCUCUCGAGAGCCCAGACGUCUCGUCUCUCCGUUCUGCCUUGGGGGAAGACUGCUUCUCUGCGGCGGGGUCUUCGCCGUCAUCAUCGCCUUGCUCUCCAGAUGCUUCUCGCGCGCCUUCGGCUUCUCAUCCAGCGGGCUCUGCGCUAUGCCCCUCGGCAGCGUCGCCGGAGGCCUUCAACUCUGCAGGCGCCUGUCUGCUCGAGGCGAAGCAUCGCGUCGACCGGCGCCCUCCAAGUUUUCUGCAGUGUGCAUGCACAUGUCGCAUGCCGUCCCCGGGGCCUUCGCUUCUCCGGGGCGCCUCUGAGAGAGGUGACGAAGGGCUCGGCGGACAGCAGCGGAGCGAGGAGGAGACGUCUUCAGCAGUGAAGCGCCUCCCGCAGCCAGAAGGGAGUCUCGAGGGAGACGAAGAGAGACAGGAGGGCGCGUCCGGGCGAUGGAGAAAGCCCACGCGACCGCGGAAGGAGACGGGCGCACCGGUGCAGGACGAAGACGCGGUGCGAACGCCGAGGCGCGGCGGAGGGGAUAGGCUGCCGCUCGUGUGGGCACAUCGCACCGAUUCCGACGUGAAGAAGAAAUGGGGUGAGCAGGGGGGCGGCGCGCGUGCGCAGCGCCAGGGAGAGUGCGGAGAAGAGGCUGCGGCCUUCAGGGAGAGAGAAUGCCUCACCCUCUGCUUCCUCUGGUGUCCAAGGUGUCGCGCGUUGCACCGCCAGGUCGCCGAGCCCGCCUGCGCGGCAGACCUCCUGGAGCCCGAGGGCCCCCCCCUCACGACCGCGAGAGGCGACCCCGCCCCGCACGCGGACGCGGCGGCUGGAGGAGAGACUGGAGGCGGGGGGACAAGGAGACAAGGCAGAAGCGAAAACGAAGAGACGUGCGAUUGGCUUCGCUCGGGGCUCUGCGUGAGGAUCGAGGACGAAGAGGAGGGUCCCCUCGAGCCCCAGAGAGGCGGAACGGUCUGGUCUGAGGAGGAGGCGCGCGAGACGCUGGAGAGCGGAGCGCCGAAGACCGCGUCUCCGCCGCCGUCGUCCUUUCCUAUCCCAUUCCUCACAAACGUCGAGAUCGUCCGCGCGGUGCGGCGGCUCCUGAGGGGUGCGACGCCCCCGGCGCGAGAGACGCACGCGGCAGAAGGGCCUUCAGAGGCAGGAGGCGGCUGCGGAUCCGGGAGGGGCGACGGCGGCAGACUGGAGUACGGAGAAGGCGUGACUGGAGGAGCUGCAGGAAACCGAGCGACGGCAGCCUCUUCGCGCGCGUUUGCGCGGACGCCCCUGUGGGGCUGCUCGAGAGGAGGCCGAGGAGAGGCUCAGCUAGCAGAGAAAGAGGAAGAAGAACUUCUUACGCGGCUUCUCGCUCUCGAAGAAGACGCAGGCUGCAGCGGAGGAGCCGCAGCGGAGGCAGGGUAUCCCGUGGCGGAAGGUGGGGGCGCCCGGGGCACUCGAGACAAGGCGCAGCCGCCCUUUGUCUUCAUUCAGAGAAAAGACGUUUCAGGGCAGCCGUUCGGCGUCUUUCUGUUGUCCGCCGCCGUGACGCGAGAAGAAGAAGACGCCAUUCUCUCCUGGGCCGAUCACGCGGCAGCUGGGGAGACCGAGAGCGGGAAAGGCGAGGCAGAGGAGGCAGAGGAGGCAGAGGAGGCGAGGGGAGCGGAGGCAGAGGAGGCGAGGGGAGCGGAGGCAGAGGAGGCGAGGGGAGCGGAGGCAGAGGAGGCGAGGGGAGCGGAGGCAGAGGAGGCGAGGGGAGCGGAGGCAGAGGAGGGCGAGUCGAACGGAGUGGUGAAUGGAGUGUUGAGUGGAGGCGGUCGAGAGCGAGAAGGAGCUGGCUGCGGAUUAAAGGGACGGAUUCCAGAAGAGCAUGGAUUCUGGGCGCUGUCGCAGUCAGGCAGGAGGAAGAUCGACUUCGGCCCCAAAGUCAACUUCAAAAAGAAGCGCGUCAAAGUGGGGAAGUUCAACGGGCUCCCCCCUUUCGCAGAGCGUCUCCUCUCACCCGCUCAGCCCGACACCGCGCCAGAAUCUCUGUCUCCUCCGGCUUCGACUCCUGUUUUGAGUUGCGAUUCUUCGUCUCGAGCGUCUUCUGCUGCAUCUGCCGGCGGAGCUUCUUCUCUCCCUGCGGCCUCCUCACCAGGGCACUUAUGCGGGCGACCGUAUUCUGCGCCAGGCGGCGAGGCGUCUCGCGCCUUCUGCAGGACGCUGCUGAGCGACUUCCAGCCCGUGGAGCUGUGUUUGUUGGAGUACUCUCCGAAUCGGGGGUCGCACAUUGAGGAGCACUUUGACGAUUGCUGGCUUUGGGGGCCGCGGUUGGUCACGUUCAAUCUCGUUUCCGCGGCCGUCCUCGCCUUUACCAGCCCCGCUUUUUGCGUGCCGCGGGAAGCCUUCGAAAACGCCCGACUCCAGAUUCUGGCGCGUCUGCCGGCAGCCGAGAGAGAACGAGACGCGCGCAGCCACGGGCGCGCGGCUGCCUCCCCCUCCUCUGCAGAGGCGUGCCCGCAGGCACCGCACAGCGCCGCGCAGGCCGCCUGCGGCAGAGUGCAGGUGGAGGUUCGCUUCGUGCUGCCUCCGCGGAGUCUCGUCGUCUUCGAGGGACACUGCAGAUACACCUGGGCGCACGCGAUUCGGCCUCACCACAUCUUCUCACGGCGCGUCGCCGUCACGCUUCGUGAGCUCGCCCCCGAAUUCCUCCCCGGAGGGAAGAGCGAGGAGGUGGGUCAGACGCUCCUCUCGCUCGCUGCGUCGUUCUGCGGCAGUCCUGUGAACGACUUAGGCAAGGAGUCUGCGUGA